AUGAAUGGAACAGGACUACUGAUGACGUUAAGAGUAAGUCUAAGGCUAAUCCUAGGGCCUGUGAUUAGACUAGAACUAAAGUGAAGGCUAAGGUUAAUGCUAACGGCUAGGCUAAAGCUAAGGCUAAGGCUAAGGCUGAGGCUAAGGCUAAGGCUAAGGCUAAGGCUAAGGCUAAGGCUAAGGCUAAGGCUAAGGCUAAGGCUAAGGCUAAGGCUAAGGCUAAGGCUAAGGCUAAGGCUAAGGCUAAGGCUAAGGCUAAGGCUAAGGCUAAGGCUAAAGCUAAGGCUAAGGCUAGGACCCUGGGCUAG